GAAACCGCCCGCCCCGCACACACCCCUUCUAGGCACCCUCGAUGGACUCACCAAACUCACCAAACAAACUGCUCAACUCGAACCAAGACCGCAACUCCAACUGCACUCUUUUUGACACCAAAAUCCAAGCUUACAAGUUGCACUCUCUAAUCCGCCAGAAACUCCUCCCCAGCCCCCUCCCCUCCCCCUUCGCUCUGCGCAGUCGCUCGACGAAGCCGUCCGAGACGGACCGCAGAGAGGGGGACAACUCGGGCCUGCCGCACAACUUCGUGCACCACGAAUCGGGACUCGCCGAGAGGCUAGAGAGAAGGCUGGCCUCCAUCAGACUUCAGGAUGACACGCCCUCUAGAUCGAACGUCGAACAGACGCGAAGAGACUCCGUCCGUCCCGCCGCCAACCAGAAACCAACCAUGCUCUUUUUGCAGACUCAACCCCACCUCCCCAAAACGCCCCUGUUCUCCUCUCUCAAGUCUCCCAGAUACUCCUCCGCUAGGAGGCGCGAGGGGUGCGUCAGGCUGAUCGACGCCCUCUGCAGGCCGACCGCGCACUUCGAAGCCCGCACCCCGCAAAAGAGACCCACCGCGGACGGCGGCCGCAAAUUCGCGUACCUCACCGUCAACCAGUUCGACUUUAUGAGGAAGUACGAGAAGUGCACCCCGAAGAAACCCACGAAGGUCGCCCAACAAGAAACGUUCGAAAGAAAGGUCACCCCGCCUAACGAAGACGCCUAUCAGAAAACCGUGGCAAGGCUGACGCAACUUCGCGACACCACCGUCUUCGUCAGCCGACUGAACCUGGAACUGUUGGUCAAGGACGUGAAGAGGCUCCUAGACCACCGGUGGCUCAACGACGAACUGAUCAACUUCUGGAUAGCCAUGCUCACGGAACGCCAAAAACUCUACGAGGAACAGCGACGAGCCGCGAUCAUUCGAUGGCCGAAGUGCCAUUAUUUCAACUCCUUUUUCUAUAUGUUCCUGUCCAAGGACGACGGGUACCAAAUGGUCCGGAGGUGGACCAGGAGAACGGACAUCUUCUCCUUCGACAAAGUCAUCAUCCCCAUCCAUCUGGCCAACCACUGGUGCCUCGCUGUCAUCAACUUCUGCCUCAACCGAAUCGAGUACUACGACCCGCUCGGCGGGGGCAACGCGCAGUGCACCCGCCUCCUGCGCGAGUACAUCCUCUCCGAGUGGAAGGACAAAAAAUCCGCGUCGCCCCGACCGGAACCGGAAAAGUGGAAAGACUACAUCCCGAAAAUUCCGUAUCAACAGAACGGAAGCGACUGCGGCGUAUUCGUAUGCAUGUACAUGGACUGCAUAUCCAGAAACGCGCCCUUCAAUUUCUCACAAGCAGAUAUGCCCAAAAUCAGAAGGCACAUGCUGCUCUCCAUCGUGUCCAACAAGUGCCUCGAUCCCCACUCGAGCUACUUCUAA